AUGAGAUUCAACUGGGCCUUGGCUUCUGCGUUCGCUGGUGUUGCUCUUGCUAACCAGGACACUGAGGGAACCGACGCUUCCGUGCCAACCAUCGAGGUUGUUGGUAACAAGUUCUUCUACAGCAAUAACGGUUCGCAGUUCUACAUCAAGGGUAUCGCCUACCAGCAGGACACCGCCAAUGCGUCUGCCGACGUGACAUUCGUCGACCCGUUGGCUGACAUCGACUCCUGUAAGAGAGACUUGCCAUACUUGCAAGAGUUGUACACCAACACCUUGAGAGUGUACGCCAUCAACACAUCUGUCUCCCACAAGGAGUGUAUGGAUUUGUUUGCCGAGGCUGGUAUCUACAUCAUUGCUGAUUUGUCCCAACCUUCCGAGUCUAUCAACAGAGAUAGUCCUGAAUGGAACUUGGAGCUUUACCAGAGAUACACAGACACGGUCGAUGCCUUGUCGAACUACACAAACGUUUUGGGUUUCUUUGCCGGUAACGAAGUCACCAACAACGUUACAAACACCGAUGCUUCUGCAUUUGUUAAGGCUGCUGUUAGAGACACUAAGGCCUACAUCAAGGCUCAAGGUUACAGAGACAUUCCAGUUGGUUACUCCUCAAACGAUGAUUCUGACAUCCGUGUUGCCAUUGCUGACUACUUUGCCUGUGGUGAUGAGGAUGUUAAGGCUGAUUUCUUUGGUAUCAACAUGUACGAAUGGUGUGGUGACUCCACUUUCAAGGAGUCUGGUUACGCUGACAGAACUGCGGAGUUCGAGAACUUGACUAUUCCAAUCUUCUUCUCUGAAUACGGCUGUAACGAGGUCCAACCAAGAGAAUUCACCGAGGUUCAGGCUCUUUACGGUUCUGACAUGACUGAUGUCUGGUCAGGUGGUAUUGUCUACAUGUACUUUGAGGAAGCUAACAACUACGGUCUUGUCACAGUCAGCGGUGAUGAAGUUUCCACAUUGGCUGAUUUCAACAACUUGAAGACUGAGUUGGCUUCUAUUGAUCCAACUUCUGCCACUUCUGGUAGCGUUAAGACAACCUCCCUUGCUUGUCCUGCUGAGGCUUCUACAUGGCGUGCAUCUGCCGAGCUUCCUCCAACUCCAGAUGAGGCUGUUUGUGACUGUUUGGAUUACACUUUGGCUUGUGUUGUUGACAGCAGCGUUGAUGAAGAGGAUUACAGUGAUCUCUACUCCAUUGUGUGUGGUAUGACCGACUGUAGUGUAAUUAGUGCCAAUGGUACUAGUGGUGUCUAUGGUGCGUUCUCUUACUGUGGUGACAAGGCUAAGUUGUCCUAUGUUCUCAACCAAUACUACGUUGAUAACGGUAAGCACUCCACCGACUGUGACUUUGGUGGCUCUGCUUCUUUGGUUUCUACAUCCACAGCUUCUACCUGUUCUUCGAUCUUGUCAAGUGCAAGUGCUGCAGUUUCUAACGCUGCCACUUCUACAGCAUCAGGUUCCGAUUCCGCUUCCGGUUCUUCUUCAACUUCUUCAUCUACCGCAUCUGCUUCUGCAUCUGCUUCAUCCACUGGUAAGAGUUCUGCUGGUGCAGUCAACCCAGUCGGUGCUUCCAACCUUAGCACCAAGACCAACAGUGUCAUCUUUCAAAGCCACUUUCACAUGAGUAGUGACAGCGUGAGAAACCAUUCCUAA